AUGCACAUUGUGACCUCUCCUCCAGUGCCUCCUUUUCUUCGUGUGGCUUUUGCACCACUCCAUGGAGCAAGUGAUGCCGGUGAGUCCGACACCAGAGCCACGAUUGGAGGCUGGUUGUCGGAUAUCCCGAACCCGGACAAGAAGGAUGUUUACUGGUUUGCCAUGGAUGUCAACCAAACCAGCUGGCUUCAACCUCUCCUGGAACAAACCUCACGAAAGAAGAGGAUUGCUGCCUUGGAGCUGCUUGGAUAUAGUAUCCUCUUCCUCCUCACGGCGCGUCGAACAGAGAGCUCCAGGAUGGAUAUCCACGUCCCACUUUGUACAAACAAUGAGGGCAAUGCCUACUCUGCGUCAAAACGAUCGGCCAAGAAGUGGCCAUGCUCGGCUUUGCUCAUGGAGCUGGCAGCCCAAGAGACCCAACUAGCCUGCUACGCCAAGAUUGAGCACGUCAAAAGGUGCUCGAACACCUGGGCGGACCAGCUCACGCAUCUGGACUUUGAUGGCUUCAUGGGCUCCAGGCGCCGUGACGUUUCUUCUUCUUUUGAGCCGGGCUGGAUUCUUUUGCCAAAGCUCCUUCGUCUUCAUAGCACAAUUUCCGUGAAGAGUUAG